GCACAACUUCAAAAACCACAAAAGAAUCAAAAAACUUACAACAAAAUUUCAUUCUUCUCUCCACAAUCAAACUAAAAUAUAAAAGAAGAACAAAAAAAUUCACUCCCAAAUCCCAAAAAACUCCAACACAAAUGUUUAGCUUCACCGACACCUCCGACCUCUCCCGCCGGUGCGUCUGGGUCAACGGUCCCGUCAUCGUCGGCGCCGGCCCCUCCGGCCUGGCCGUCGCCGCCGGCCUCCGCCAGCAAGGCGUCCCCUUCGUCGUCCUCGAACGUGCCGACUGCAUCGCCUCCCUCUGGCAAAACCGCACCUACGACCGCCUCAAACUCCACCUCCCCAAGCAAUUCUGCCAGCUGCCGGACUUCCCCUUCCCCGACCAUUACCCGGAAUACCCUUCUAAACGGCAAUUCGUCGAAUACCUUGAAUCCUACGCCGCCACAUUCCAAAUCCAUCCCCAAUUCAACGAGUGCGUCCGCUCCGCCAGGUACGACCCGACCUGCCGCCUCUGGAGAGUCCAGACUCCGGCGGCCGAGUACCUCUGCCAGUGGCUGGUCGUCGCCACCGGAGAGAACGCCGAGCACGUUGUGCCGGAGAUCGAGGGUUUGGGGGAAUUUUCCGGCGAGGUCCUCCACGCGUGCGACUACAAAUCCGGCGAGGGUUUUAGGGGGAAAAAAGUGCUCGUCGUGGGCUGCGGAAAUUCCGGCAUGGAGGUCUCCCUCGACCUCUGCAACCACAACGCUCAGCCAUCCAUGGUUGUUCGAAGCUCGGUCCAUGUUUUGCCGAGGGAGAUUUUCGGAAAAUCGACUUUCGAGCUAGCCGUGUUCAUGAUGACGUGGCUGCCAUUGUGGCUAGUGGACCGGGUCUUGCUGGUCCUGUCAUGGAUGAUCCUGGGGAACACCGAGAAAUAUGGGCUCAAGAGGCCCAAUAUCGGCCCACUACAGCUCAAGAACACUCGGGGGAAAACCCCUGUUCUCGAUAUAGGCGCAUUGGCAAAAAUCCGGUCUCGAGAAAUCAACGUAGUCCCGGGAAUUAAGAGGUUCACGGGCAGCUCAGUCGAACUUGAAAACGGGCAGAAUUUGGAAAUCGACUCAGUUAUUCUUGCCACGGGGUACCGUAGCAAUGUGCCUUAUUGGCUUCAGGAAACCGAGUUUUUCGCGAAGAAUGGAUUUCCGAAAACGCCCUUCCCAAACGGGUGGAAAGGAAAGGGCGGAUUGUACGCGGUGGGGUUCACGAGGAAAGGGCUAUCGGGUGCUUCGGCUGAUGCCGUGAAAAUAUCGAGAGACAUUGCCAAAGUUUGGAAGGACGAUUUGAAGCAGAAGAAGCAGAAAGUGCCGACUCAUCGGAGGUGUAUAUCCACGUUUUGAACUCAUCGGGAUUCCUUUCUAUUUUUGGCAAAUAUGACUAUACAGUAUAAAAAAAUGAAAAUAUAUAAAUAUGUAAAGAAUAUACAAAUAGAAACNUCAGUUAAGAUUAUCUGGGAUCAACUGAUCAAGUGGAAUUUUGUUCUCAUAAACUCUAUGAAUAUUCAAAUACUGACCUACUGGUUUGUAUAAUUUGCAAUUAAUAAAAAUAUCAAUAAUAAAUAAUAAGCACUACAAGAAUAAUAGCUGAAUGAUUUCAACUCCAUUUUUAUUUUCUUUUUGUAAAAACUUUCAGUUUCUGAAGUGAAAAUGUCAACUGCUAGUUUACUGAUGGUAAUUUAAUGUCAAAACAAUCAAGAGAAAAUGACCACCUCUUUAAU